UGAUUUAAGCCUUAAGUCGUAAGAAUGGACGAAUCAUAGUCGAAGAAUAGGAGGUUAUGUCUAUGGUAACAAUAUGGUUCUACUGUACCGACGUGGAGUGCCCAUACUGUUUGUAUCGUGCCGAUCGCAUUAGAUGAUGGAUUCUAUGUUUCUCAUUUUGACAGCUCUAGUUACUCUCAGUAUUCAUUCCGUUUACUUCUGAAAAAUGCCGGUGUGAUUGUUUUAUGGACGUGUAGCUGUAAACAUGAUACAAUUUUUUUGUGCGUUCUGAAAACGUAAUAAUUAUGCUACUGUGUUCCAUAUGUCCAUUGAAUACGCUAUAUAAUCAUUAAAUAUAUUUCGAUAUAUUUAGUGAGUGAAUGUCACAUGAGCUGAUUCUAGAUACAUUUCUUAACUUCAUCGUUUUUCAGUUAAUAGCGUUCAUCAAAUAGUUGCAAAAAUUAUUUAUCAAAUGCAUCUUUUAAAAAUAGUGUGUUGUACUUGAAUAAAAAGGUAUACAAGAUUAAAAUUAUCUGUCAUCAGCUGUUAAUUGCAGCAAUUCAGUGAAACAUUGCCAAGUAACAUUAACAUUUUGCUUAGGAAGCGAUUUAGGCCUUAAAGUAUACAUAGACUAGUUAGGCCUUAAAGUAUAUAUAUAUAUAUAUAUAUAUAUAUAUAUGCAAACAUAGUUCAAACAUGAUCGUAAUGAAUAUGAAUUUCACAGAAAUAUCGAAGUUUAAAUUUAUAAAAAUAUCAGUAUUUAACACAAGAAAAUGUUGAUGAAGAUAGAACAAAAAUAAGAAACAUAAUUAUGUAGAAAUGUCAACAUGUUAAGUCACAAACUUGCCAGAAAGCGAAACAUGUGAUGUACUGCAAUGUUUAUACGUCAAUACAUGAUUUGCAUUGAUGUUACGUAUGAAAUGUGUUGUACUAUAGAAGAUUGGAUUUUGUGUUCAGUUCCUCUACUAUUAUAAUGUAUGACAGAUCUUAGAUGCCGAUGAUCAUGGCACAAAAGGAAAAUGAGAAAUAUCUACUUCAUAAAUGUAUAUUUCAAGGUGAUGUGAAGAAGCUGAAUACCUUGAUUAGGACACAUGAUAUUACUGAAAAGGAUAAACAAGGAAAUACACCUUUGCAUUUAGCUGUGAUGUUAGGAAGAAAAGAAUGUGUUCAAUUAUUGCUUGCACAUGGAGCACCUGUUAAAGUGAAGAAUUUAGCUGGUUGGAGUCCACUGGCCGAAGCAAUCAGUUAUGGCGAUAGACAAACCAUAUCAUCUUUAGUACGUAAAUUAAAGCAACAAGCAAGAGAGCAAAUGGAAGAAAGGAGGCCGAAUUUAGUUGCUGCAUUGCAUCAAAUGGGUGAUUUUUAUAUGGAAUUAAAAUGGGAUUUUCAGAGUUGGGUACCGCUAGUUUCAAGAGUAUUGCCAUCAGAUAUAUGUAAGAUCCAUAAAAGCGGAGCUUCAAUUAGAAUGGAUACAACUCUUGUAGAUUUUAAUGACAUGAGAUGGGAGAGGGGUGACAUAUCAUUUAUCUUCAAUGGUGACCAAAAGCCUAGCCAUUCAUUGACUGUCCUCGACAAUAAAGCUAAACUUUACCAAAGAGUGAGAUAUGAGGAAACAGAACUUGAGAUAGAAGAUGAAGUUGAUAUUCUUAUGUCUAGUGAUAUUAUGGCAGCACAAAUGUCUACCAAAGGUAUCACAUUUUCUAGAGCACAGACAGGAUGGAUUUUUAGAGAGGACAAAAGGGAAAUGGUAGGCGCCUUUCAUGCUGAUUUUUAUCAAAUCAAUGGUAUGGUAUUAGAAAGUAGAAAACGUCGUGAGCAUUUGAGUGAGGAAGAUCUUCAAAAAAAUAAAGCUAUUAUGGAAUCUCUUACUAAAGGCAGUUCUCAAGGAUUUAAAAAUGGCGAGCCUCCUAUGAGAAGAGCAUCAUUGAAUCCGCCACCAGAAUCGAAUAUAACAUGGGAAGAAUACAUUAUUGCACCACCUGGUCAAUGUCCACUUUUAGGAAGAAAUCUUGUUUAUAAGGAAAGUAGUAAAUCUUUCAAAGCUACCGUGGCAAUGAGUCCAGAUUUUCCUCUUACUGUUGAUAUGCUGCUCAAUGUUUUGGAAGUAAUCACGCCAUUUAAGCAUUUGAGCAAAUUACGACAAUUUGUACUUAUGAAGUUACCCCCUGGAUUUCCAGUUAAGAUCGACAUACCGAUUCUGCCUACAGUCACUGCUAAAAUAACUUUUCAAGAGUUUGCCUUCCGAAAUGACAUAGAUCCAGAAUUGUUCCAAGUGCCAUCAGACUAUUUUGAAGAUCCAAUGAGAUUUCCAGACUUAUGACGCUUUGACAUCCUAAUAUUAAUCAAGAUCCAGCCUAGUUGGGAUCUAUUUUCUUCUAUGCUAGGGGACAAUCUGGCUUUCAUGAUUUCAGUCAUUUUGGAAAGCAUCUACACAAGCUACUAUGUUGUUCAUUGAAUAACUUAUCAUAAUUUAAUGAUACCUAUACAGCGAAUAGUGUUGAAUAUUUACAAAAUGUUCUCAAUAAGAAAGAAAACAAUAAGAAAGCAAAAGUUGGAUCUGUAUUAAAAUCAGGGAAACUUACAUACAGCUUUAUUUAAUACCUAACUCAACAUCACAUUAGUCUAUUUAAUUUGUCAAUUUUAACAUUUAUAAAGAUCAUUUGUAUAUCAUGCUGCACUCGAAGAAAGAUAUAUUAUGUACAAGUAAUAUAAUCUGAUAUUUCCACAUUCGGUAUUCCUAUUCUUUGAAAAAUGAAUUAAUUUCUUUCAUCUAAAAAUCUUAAACGUGAAUUAAAUCACGCAUUGGAGAUUGAGAAUUGCAAAAUAAAGAUUAGAAUUUAACUAAUCAGAAUAAAAAAAUUGAAUGAUUGAAAUUAAAGUUAUCCUUUAGUAAAAUUUUAAUCUCUAGUUUAUAAUCUCUCUAAUCUCUAAUAUUUAAUCUGAUAUGAACUUUCUCAGCCUGUCAAUGCAAUCAUA